AUGGAGCAAAUAUUAUAUAACCAAAGUUUAAAAGCCCCUACGAUUUCUGUGUUUCAGGGAAUAGCUUUUCUGAAAGUUUUAAUUUUUUCUAUUUUCCAGCAGCUGCUUUAUAACCCAAUUUUGCAAGUAUUUCACACGAAAGUCCCAGUUGCGGGACUCGAUUCAUCUGCGUUUUUCAAAAGCGAUUGGAGUGAACCCUCGAGUUAUAUUAGUCUUAACCAGGACUCCCUAAAUGCUACCAAAUACACGUUCAUAGUACUCUUUACCCUGUUCAGAAUGGCCUCGUAUAUUAUUUAUAAACUAUCCGAUCAAGACUGCCGGUUGUGCGAUUCUUUGGAUUUUCGCCGUUUCAGGUGGAGUGAAAAGAGGAAUACAAAUAGAAAGAGGAGUCUUUCGUUUGGUAAAGUUUAUCUAACGAAAUCGGAUAUACUACCAAUUUCAACUGGUAACGGCUUAGGAAAUAGAUUUAUUGGCCUGGCAUCUAACAGAUCUUUAAAAUGCUUCCAAAAAAUGGAGCGUUUGAAUAAUAACAAUACUGAAAGGUAUUCGGUACCAAAAACUAAAGCGAUAAACGCACUUUUAUGGCGAGAGCAACAGACUUGUUAG